AUGGCGUCCACAACUACUUUCCUCAAUCUCCCAGCAGAGAUCCACCUAAUGAUCUGCGAUUACCUAGAUCCUGCAUCGGCAGUGGCAUUGAAAAAUGCAAACAAAUACCUUCGUUCUGCUCUUACCGUCAAGGAUCCAAAGUACUUCAAGUCGGGGGACUUUGACAUUUACUAUCUGAAGCUGGAAACGUGGCCGGAGUACGCCGGCCACUUCUUUUGCUUUGAGUGUUGGGUAUUUCUGCCGGCUGCCAACUUUACCGACGAUCAGAUCACGGGGAAGUUCGAUAAGAAUGGUUAUGCAGCGUCGAGGAGAUUCUGUAUCUCCUGUGGCACGAAUGGAGGGACAUACCAUCCCUAUGAUAAUGCCAUCAUGGAUGACCAGAUGGCAUAUUAUUACCGCCACCUGCAGUGA